UCUUUUAUUCACCGUAAUGAAUGUGACGUAAUAGGAUCGAAAAUGAACCGAAAAUAACGAAUAAAUGGUAUACACUUUUCAAGAGAUUUUUCCGUCAGAAACAAAAAUCUAGCAACAGAAAAUGAAUCAAUGUAGCCUCAUUAGCUUUGCUGUUCUCAAUAAUUCGACAGAUUUUCUAUUGCAUUGAUAAUUAGCGACGUAGAAGUGUACGGUGAUACAUAAUAAACCUAUACAAUUUAUACAUGGAGCAAAUUGAACUCUAUGGACAGCAGAUGGUACUGCGCAACUGCCGCCGUGUGGUGUUAACAAAAAAGGGAACUGGCAAUUCAAAUAAAGAGCUCUUCCAUCGGAGCAUCAACUUACAUCCAACAGAACUUGGCCAGUGGUAAAGACAUCACCCACGGGCCGCAUUGACUUGUAACGAGGUUUUACCAGGAAAUUUUUUAAACUUUGUGCACCUGCAAUUCCGGAUCGAGACGUGCUGCAAGCAAUUCUUCGCCACCAGUUGAGACUUUGAUACACGCCCAUCUGAAAGAAACACGAGAUCUUGAAAUAAUAGGUGCCGAAAAAUAGUCCCAACAUGUUGAUCAGCCAUCCCGAAUUCAAAACGUCAGCUUGUUGUAUACUUAUCUUAACUAUAAUGGUGGCCAACAGCGCAUCCGGAGCUGCACUGGAAGGGCAAGUUGAUGAUCGAUCGACAGAAGAGGAACAUCAAGAUUGGCGUCAGCCUUUGCCGACAGUUAAACGUGCAGUUGCUUUGCUUAACAAACUGGUCAUGGUUGCUAACCGUGCCAAUAACAACAAGAAGCAACGAUAUCAUCAAGCGAACCCUUUGAUUAAGCACCAAGGUCAGUCGCCACAUUUGAAUGACAUUCAACAUCGGGAAGGCGAGCAAUUGCCGAAUAAUUCAGCCGAAAAUAUCGACGACAAUCACCACCACAUCCACCAAAAAGCUAUUGCUCUACCUCGCAUGGGAUUUGAACGACGCGGCCAAUCGUCGCAGCGAGUCUUCUGGCGAUGCUACUUCAAUGCAGUCUCUUGCUUCCGCUAACCCAUUGAUGUUAAAAACAACAAUUCCGCUUCUAUCGCCACGACGCGAUGACAGGAGUCAACUGAUUUCGACUAUAACAAGACAUUCCGACGCCAAAAUUAACCUUGGGACACCCAAAGGCCUAUUCAAAGGGGCAUCAUGUAUUCAAACUACUCGAUAACAAUUCGUUCUUUUUUCUUUAAUGUUUCAAUUUUCUCCAUGACCCCGAACGAAUGUAUCAACUAUCAAAUGUGAGAGUCGUGUUCUAUAGGCUCAGAUACAGUUAAUAAUAGCAUAUUAGUUUGCAUUUUCUCUUUUAUUCGCCUUCCUUUUUUAUUUAUUAAUAAAAAAUAUGCCAUCUGCGAACUUUCUGUUAGAUACAGUGAAACGUGUGCGUUACUAUCGUAGCGCAAAUGUAUCAGUACAGACGCCAAAUUAGAAUUCCAAAAAAAUGGUUCAAUUCUCCGAUUUAAAAAAAGGAGGUGGAUAGAAUUACAUAAUUAGUUACAUAAAAGCUGCCCUUUCAACCACUCUGUAUCAUUUGCUUAAAACAAAUAAAAAGGCUCAUCAGAAUACACGGUUUCUGUUGUAAAUAUCAGACAACAAUUUAGA